GUAUGUUCUCCCACAAUCCCACGUCUGUGCAGCUGAGUUGUGCUAGAAUAAGAGUCUCUGCUGGCCUGGCCGGCGUGUGUGCGCUGGCCCCGUGCCCAGAACCCAGCACAAGCUGCACUUCGGGGACGCCUGUUGCCUCCAUUUCCCAGCUGGCUGCAGCCCGCCCUGCCUCGUCCUGCAAUGCUCUCGCUGCCGGCCCUGCGCGUGGGCACCCUGGCCAGGAGAGGAGUCCUGGGCGCUGCCAGCAUCAGAGCAGCACAUGGCCAUAGCGGACAUGUGGCGACUCAAGAGGACAUGUCGGUGCCCCAGUACUGCGACAAGCGCAGCUACCCGCUCCCCGAUGUCCCCUACCACAAGGACCUGGGCGCGGAGCAGAAGGCCCUGAAGGAGAAGGAAAAGGGAUCGUGGAAGCAGCUGAGCAACGAGGAGAAAGUGGCCCUCUAUCGCCUGAAGUUCAAUCAGACCUUCGCAGAGAUGAAUAGGCCAUCCAGCGAAUGGAAGACGGUGCUAGGAGGCGUCUUCAUAUUCUUUGGCUUCACUGGAUUAAUCGUGUGGUGGCAGCGCGUCUAUGUGUUCCCCCCGAAGCCGCACACCCUGACGGACGAGUGGAAGGCUCAGCAGGUCAAGAGGAUGCUGGACAUGCGCGUGAACCCCAUUCAGGGCUUCGCCGCCAAGUGGGAUUACGACAAGAACGAGUGGAAGAAGUAGAGGGGACGCCCUCCACCCCCCAUCUGCAGCGGGCAGCGCCUGCACACUGCCAUUCCCGGGCAGCAAGAGGCCAGCGCUCUGGGGGAGAGCAGCUGGAGCAAAGCCACUCUUGCCUGGCUCCCCUACCCCCAUCCUUCGCUGGGCUGCCAGCCCGAGCCCCCCCACCUGACCCCUCGUGCCUUGUCCGCAGCUCUCCCUCUCCUGCGCCAGCUCAGCUGUGCAGCCUGGUCCUGGGCAGUGAGCUGGCUCCAGUCUCCGCCCUGCCCCUCCCUGGCCCACUGGGGGAUCCGUCCUGUGGCCCGGCCUGUCUCUGGUGAAUGAGCAUUUGGCACUGUCGUUCCCUGCUCCCAUGGAAUAAAACACUACAGUAAAUCUGCAAUGUGCA